UUCCUUCAGUGCGCGCUCAGCUCGGCAGCCGGUGGGUCGCGGUGGCGGCGCUGCUCUUGCUCCUUUGUGCUCCGGCGGCGGCGGCUUCGCGGGCUCUCACUGGAGCGUCCUCUCGCCCGCCAACCCCGCGCUCUCCAGCGACGGACCAUGGCGGCGGCGGGAGCAGGCGCGGGCGUGGAGGCGGGCUUCUCCAGCGAGGAGCUGCUGUCACUUCGCUUCCCGCUGCACCGCGCCUGCCGCGACGGGGACCUGGCCGCGCUGUGCUCGUUGCUGCAGCAGACGCCACGCGCCCACUUGACCGCCGAGGACUCCUUCUACGGCUGGACGCCAGUGCACUGGGCCGCGCACUUCGGCAAGUUGGAGUGCUUAAUGCAGUUGGUGAGAGCUGGCGCCACACUGAAUGUGUCCACUACACGCUUUGCCCAGACCCCGGCCCACAUUGCCGCUUUUGGAGGACAUCCCCAGUGCCUAGUCUGGCUGAUACAAGCAGGAGCCAAUAUUAACAAACCGGACUGUGAGGGGGAGACUCCCGUUCACAAGGCAGCCCGCUCCGGGAGCCUCGAGUGCAUCAGUGCCCUGGUGGCGAACGGGGCUCGUACCGACUUGAGGAACGCCCGUGGCCUGACAGCAGCAGACAUUGCACAGACCCAGGGUUUCCAGGAGUGCACCCGGUUUCUCUUGAACCUCCAGAACUGUCACCUGGACCGUUUCUGUCACAAUGGUGCCUUGAGUGGGGGCCAUGAGAACGGAUUUCCCAGUCGCGUUAGUGUGGGAACAAAUCGAAAGAGAUGCUUAGAAGAUUCGGAGUCCUUGGCAGUAAAGAAAGCCAGAACUGGAGCUUCAAGCCUGGACUGUGCCAUGCCACUCGGGAACGGUGAGACGGAAGACGACGCUGACAGAAUGCACGUCGACAGAGAGUUUCCUGCUGUAACAGAUAUGAAAAACAGUAGCUCCGUAUCGAAUACAUUGACAAAUGGAUGUGUCGUCAAUGGACAUGUGGACUUCCCCUGCAUGGCCCAGCUCAGUGGGAUGGAAAGCAGGAGUGACCCGUGCUUGACAGGCCUUAAUGGAAUUAGCAGUGGAUUAGUGGGUUCUGUCGGUGUUAACGGGACUGAGGAGCCAGAAAGGAGCGUGAGUGCCAACCCUGAGAUGUGCGGCUCUCUGCACCUGAAUGGCAGCCCGAGCAGCUGUGUGGCCAGCAGGCCCUCCUGGGUGGAGGACCUGGGGGAGAACUUGCAGUACGGACACUACCACGGGUUUGGGGACACUGCCGAGAGCAUUCCUGAGCUGAGCAGCGUGGUGGAGCACUCGAGCUGCGUGCGCGUGGAGCAGCGCUACGACAGCGCCGUCCUGGGGGCCAUGCACCUGCACCGCGGCUCCUGAGGACGGGAGGCUGGCCCCCCGACGGCCGGCCCGGAGCACGAAAGUGGAGUCCCCCCAGCAGCUCCCCGUGCGUGCGUGGUGCGCGAGAGGGCUUCCUGUGCGGAGGUGUCCCUGGCGGGUAUCUGUCCUUUGAUAAGAUGCUCUUUUGCGGUUUGGUGUUUCUGGUGCCGGUGUCUACGUGGUCUUUUUAACACCGUCACCAGGUUGCCGUUUUUCUUUCCAUAAGUUGUAUCUGAUCAAGAUAAGUGGGCAGUCGUGAGGUGCCUGGCGAGUUUCCUCUCGCAUUGGGCGUUGUUUUGAGAGCCCCCUUGCUGUCUCUGUGGGUCCUGGCCACACGCCUCUUCCCGGUGGGCGCAUCCUCAGCGAGAGUCCCAUCGUGAUUGAGUGAAGAAAAGAGCACUUGUCUCUUUCGGCAUCUCUCACUGAAACUGCAGCUUGCCACGUGGUGAAGGUCUUAGUGGUGGCGCACACUGGCUUCACGGUGCCACCCGUGCCCUGGGCUCCCCUGGGAGCAGGCCCAGCCUGGGGUGGAUUCUGGUGGACUGUUUUCACUCCACAUUUCCUACUUGCUUUCUAGAAUUUUUACCACAGGCAAUGGUUUCCUUUAUACAUAGCAGAGAUCACUGUUUGUAGGAACUGUCAGAUCAAAAUAUUUAACUAUUUUUACUUUUUCUCUUUUGUUUUUUGAGGUUUUCUGCUUUAAAUGUACACACACACACACACACACACACACAUACAUACACAUCACUAUGUAUAUCUAGUAACUGAGAGAAUUUUUGAAUCUCUUAAAACUGCAUUAAGUUUAUGAUUUUAUAGAAACUAGUUGUUACACUGUGCAAAUAUUGUAAUGAAUUUUUACUUUUCUGAUUUUUGUAAUAACAAUUGGUGCAGAUGGAGAAAAUGUCAAAUGAGCAAACCAGUGUUGUAGGAGUGAACUAACGUUUGUUCUCAAAUCAUUCUCUACAAAUCAAGUAAAACUCUCUCGGUCACUUUG